AUGUGUCAGGAGAAAUUGGUACAAGAAGCUGUGGAUACCCUUCUUGAUAAUGAAAUUCGCGGACAACCUAUGCGAGACGGUCAUAAUAAGGUUUACAAGUCGUUUUCGGAUGUAAUUGAAGGCAAAGAGGGAAGAUUUCGUGAGACUCUACUUAGUAAACAAGUUGAUUACUUGGGGCGUUCUGUCAUUGUCGUAGGUCCUUCACUUUCAUUACAUGGAUGUGGAUUGUCGCGCGAGAUAGCAAUAAAACUUUUCCAGACAUUUGUAAUUCGUGGUUUAAUUAGACAACAUUUUGCUUCGAACAUAGGAGUUGCUAAGAGUAAAAUUCGAGAAAAAGAACCGGUUGUAUGGGAAAUACUUCAGGAAGUUAUGCAAGGGCAUCCCGUAUUGCUGAAUAGGGCGCCCACUCUACAUUGUGAGAUAUCACAUUGUUCGAGGAACCCUAGAUGCUGUCGGAGUAAAGGAUCGUCAACAAGGGCGUUCUAG